UUUACAGUAAGUCAGCUAUAACAAUUCCUAAUUUAAAACCUGUUUUAUUACAGUUACAAAAACUCUUUAAUACAAUAAAAGUAACUUCUUUGCAUGAAAGGCUGUCAUGUUGACCUUCCCAUCCUAAUUUGAAUCCCUCUUUGGUGUUUUUGCUUCUUGCAAGCCUAUCUAUCUCUUCUCUCUCACUGUCUCCUCCCAAAUACCUAAAACAAAAUAAAACCAAAAUAUAUAUAUAACCAUUUUGUUAUUUCAUAGAAAACAAACAAGCAUUCAAGAGAUUGAAACUGAAGGAAUUGAGCCAUGGACAACAUCAAGGAAGAAAUUGCAGCACCUAUCGAGGCGGCACUUGAAGAACAAUUAAGCCGACCCCUAUUGGAAGAUCAGCCAGUAACACCGGGAAAACCCAAGAAAACCCCUAGACAAAAGGCGGUUCGAAAGACUUUCAAGAUGUCAGCUCAUUUAGCAAAUCUCCUCCCAACCGGUUCAGUCCUCGCAUUCCAAAUUCUAUCCCCAGUUUUCACACACGAAGGCAAAUGUCACUCUUUUGUUAGCCAGUCCAUGACAUUAGGCCUCUUGGGGAUCUGUGGCUUGUCUUGCUUCCUCGUGUGUCUCACCGACAGUUUCAGGGACGAGAGAGGGAAAGUCCGGUAUGGACUUGCCACAUGGCGGGGUUUGUGGGUUAUUGAUGGGUCUGUCACCAUUCCAGCUGAGGAAGCAGCCAAAUACAGCCUCAAAUUGGUUGAUUUUUUUCAUGCUUUCCUCUCCAUCGUUGUUUUCUCCGCGAUUGUUCUGUUUGAUCAGAAUGUUGUUAAGUGUUUUUAUCUGAACCCGUCUGAUGAAGCUAAGGAGCUGCUUCAAACAUUGCCUAUUGGGGUUGGUGUGAUCUGCAGCCUGUUGUUCGUCGCAUUCCCUACCAACCGGCAUGGCAUUGGUUUCCCUCUUUCUCGCCGUUAGUAUUAUUUCAUAUUUUUUCUUUUGUUUUAUUUUGUAUUUACUUUGAUUCAUUUUUUUAAAAAAAAUCUGUACAAUGUAUGUAUUGUUUCAUUUAUUCCAUACUAUAGGAU